AAUGCCCAAACCAAUAUAAUAGUUUGUUCAAUUUGGACCAGUUUAAUUACCAUAUUCUCAGCUAUUCAUUUUAAGAAGGCAUGUAUUUGCUACAGUAAAUUUAAAACCAGUGGCACCAGGUUUAUAUUGAUAAAUCAUCAAAGGUCAUGUAUUAGUUUGUUCAAGAAGACCUGUAAAAAGGCUAUAUGAUAUGACAGAAGUAGAAACUGUAGAAUUUUGGAUAACUGUCCAAGAAGUUACAAAAGUGAUGUCUGAUAUUUACAAAGUAUUAAUCUGAUCAAUUUAGACAAAUUGCCAUGUAUCAAUUUAAGAUGGGAUACAUGCUGGGUAAACAAUACCAAGUGUUCAUUGCCAUAUUAUACCUUAUUCAGGAAAGAUUUUGAUUUCUCAAGCAGAAAAUUUAAAAACAGAAAGAAGUGAAGAAGACAUGAAUCAAGAAGCAUAAAAAUUAAGAGCUCACUUUGAAUAGAGUUUAUUGUGAU